AUGCUAAAAGAACUUGACGAGGCUUUAAGGAAGGAAGUUAUUCGGCAUUACAAUGCCCUGCCGGAAAGCCAACGAAUAGAUUUAAGACAAACUUUCAUUCAGCAGCGAGAGCUCGUUAAUAGUUCUAUUAUACCUAGUAUAAUGAAUAAUAUUAACAAUAAUGUUUUUCCUGUUACUGACGAAAUAAUUUAUAAUAUACUUUCUUCUCUCCAUCGUCAUCGCCGUGAAGAGUAUCUUAAAAAGAACCUUCCACUUUUUGAAAAAAAAUUUCAAAGAAAAAGAAAACAUCAAAUUCUCGACAUUAUGAUAGCAGAAUGGCCAAAUCAUAAGAAAAAACGUGAAAGAAUUAUCGAUCCAAUAAUUUUAGUGAAAAUAAAGUUUCAGCGCCUUUACCGAUACCAGCAGCCAGAACAACCAAAACAGCCAGAUCCAAAUAAUGAAUUGGUUGAUAAUGGUUUAUCUAUUUUAUCAAGAAUUUACAAUGAAGAAGAGGUGGAGAAAGAAGAAAAAGAGGUAGGGGAAGUUAUGUUAACUAGUAGCGAUAACUGA